AUGCCCCGACAACUCAAGCGUCGCGCUGACGCAAUCUCUCGUGACCAGUCCGAAUCAGAACCCGAACCUCCUCCAAGACGGCGCGCAAGCACACCUUCAGAGUCGGACGCCGCUUCAUCAGCCUCCUCCGCACCCGCCUCUCCCUCCCGAGCGCUUCACUCCACAGAGAAGCUUCUUAUCAAGAAACUUGUCCGUCUGGCCCUCGCGACGGAAUACUCACGUAACCCCCUGCGGCGGAGCGACAUCUCCCACAAGAUCUUCAAGGAUGCAAAUACCAGCGGGGGUCGGGCGUCGUUCAAGAAUGUCUUCGAGGGAGCCCAGCGCGUGUUGAAUGAUGUGUUCGGGAUGCAGUUGAUGGAACUUCCUUCCAAGGAGAAAACAACCCUGAAAGAUCGCCGGACACAAGCCACGCAGACAAAGUCGUCCACGAACAACUCUUCCAAGUCGUGGAUACUCGUCUCGACGCUCCCGGCCGAGUUGAAACAGAAUCCUGUCAUCGCACAGCCCACACGUGCGCCCAGCAUAGACGUCGAAUCCAGUUACACUGCCCUCUACACCUUCAUCCUCUCCCUGAUUUACCUGAACAACAACGCGGUCACGGAUCAGAAGCUGGAACGCUACCUCAAGCGCGUCAACGCCGACACCUAUACACCGCUGGGCAAUAAAGAUAAGCUGCUACAGAGGAUGAUGAAGGAGGGAUAUGUGGAGAAACGGAGGGACACGUCUAGUGGCGAGGAGAUCGUCGAAUGGACCCCCGGGCCAAGGGGCAAGAUCGAGGUUGGGGUCGAAGGUGUGGCCGGGUUGGUGAGGACUGUCUAUGGACAUGGAGCAGUCCCUCUUUCGCGAGGACCUCAACAGAAUAAUCCGCGUAGACGACAACGCGAGGAAGAUGACGGAGGUGAAGACGCCGACGGCGAAGAAGCUCCGCGCCUCGUCAAGAUUGAAGAGGACGAACUCAACGCCAAGCUCUCGAGGAGUCUAGGCAUCAAGAUUGGGAAAGGUGGUGUACCGCAGCGAAGUCGAAGAGGAGGUGGUCGGGAUGCCGAGGACGAUGGCGGGGAAGAAGAGCUCGAUGAAGACAGGCAGCAGCUAGGCCCGUCGAGCCGGGGAGGUCAGAGGUCCAAACCCAGCACGUCUGGAAGAGAUCGAGGCGGCCGAAGGAGGAAUGCCCGAAAUGACGACGACGAAGAUGACGACUGA